AUGGCGGCGGGAAAAACGUUUCAUUAACGAUAUAUUCAUCUAAAAUCUAUCAUGAUGUGUAAUCAGAGUAUAUUUUCCAACAUGYGGUAUUGUCCUGAAACUGUAAUUGUACAAUCAUCGCUUUUUCUCGCUGAAAAACAUGCACACUUGAAGGGUAAAAAGGUUGAUGUCUUCCAUGGUAAGGAGGUGAAAGUUGUGACGGACGCCAUUGAAGAGGUGUCGCAAGGACUAUGCAUUCAAGGCGAAGAAGGAUACGAACUUCUUUCAAAAGAGAAACAAGCCCUUCACGAUAAGUUACACUUUUGGUUGUAUAAAACAUGGUGCCAAGCAUUAGAUAGCAAUGACCUUGACGUUGAAGCAGACCUUGACGGAUUUCCACCUCUUCCGAGUUUUGGAACGGGAUUUUUUAUUUCUAUCGUGCAGCACAUGGAAUGGGAGCAACUUUUAGUUGAGUGUUUAGUUGAUUCGCCCAAUGAUUUGCCAUUAGCUUCCAAGCUACGAGAAAUCACMGCUGCAAUUCUAGAUUCACCUACCAUGAAGGACACAGAACUUUUUGCAUUGAUGUUUGACAACCUAUUGCAUCUUGAAUCUUCUGAAGUUGAUCCUGAAUGCCCAAGUUCAAGUGAAAUACUCAUAGCUACACUAGCUUCUCUAUGUAAACACAUUCACAAUCAAAAUACUCAAGUUUGCCUUCUAAAAAGAACUAUUGAAUACAUUUUCCAGCAUUUUUUCAACACAAGACCUGCAUCUCUCUCAGAAGACAAAAAGUCCUCUCUUAUAAGUGGGUUAAAAUUUGACAGCAUAAAACCUCUUGAAGGUGAAACUUCAGAAAGAAAAGAUGCAAACAGCAUGAUUCAAGUUGCUGAAGUUUUAGCCAUGUUAUUUACAGAACAGUGGRCUGAAGUCAGUCAUUGGACUUUAGCUCAAGACACAGGGAAUAUUGGAAAGAUGGAUAUUUCAAUGUGGCAUCCAAUGCAUCAUUGGAUUCUGGCUUUGUACGUUGCCCUUGCUCUAAUAAUGAAAGACAACAAGUGUAAUGAGAAAUUAAAUUUAUUCCAACAUGAACUUGGAAAGUAUGUUGACACUUUUGCAUCUAUCACUGAAAAAGACUGGGUUUCUCAAGGCCUAGAGGGUACUUCAAUAGAAUGGAACUGUUAUAAUACAACUAUAGAGGAGUGCUUUGACCCAAAUGGUUGUCAGGAAAUUAUGUUCAGCAGUGAAUCCAUCCAAGACACCUUAGAAAAUGCAGUAUGGAGAGUUAACAACAACCUGCCAGGAUCUAAAGACUGUUUCAAGUGGCUGCUAUCUGCAGAGGAGGUUUUUGAUGAUCCAAUAUGUUUGGAAUGCAUAACAAAGAAUGCUUCAAACAAUGCAGGGAAAGAAGAACUAGUGAUGAUGAUUGACAUCAUUUGUGUUCAAAGACAAAUGAUGGAGACUUUCCCUGAUAUGGGUAGCGAAGUGUUUGCAGCAAUUAAGAGGGUUAUUUUAGAUGUAUUCAAAGAACUUCCUUCACUUCACCAAAAUGAUAUCUUGAAGUACACCUUCUCAAUGUCAAUAAUGUCUGGUUUAGACAUAAAAAACAACUCAAUACUGUUCAACCCAAGCCAUAAUGAAGACAACAAGAARGCUUUCUCGCAACAACUUCAAGYAGUUUUCAACAAGCUUGUUGAUGAUAGCCAAGCGGUAUCCUUUCAAAGAGCUUUGAAUGACAUCAAGAAAAUGGCMCUUGUAAKUCCUUAUAUGGUCAUGUAUAAAGUGCUGAAUGAGGCUGUGAAAUAUGGACAUUCAAACAAAGUUAUUUAUCAGAUCAUCCAAGAAAUUCCCGUCUUGUGUUCUUUGAGCACAAGUGAUUCAUGUCCCAAAGUACUCUUUGAAACACUGUCAUUUUUGAUGGCUUCAGUGAAGACCAAACAGGAGGAAAAGAACCUGRUCAAACUUGUCCAGAGUCUCCUGCAGCCUUACAAAAAAGACAGACUUCUAGCACCAAAUSAACCAUUAGCAAACAUAACUGAACUAGUACAAAGCUGCGUCAUUCCUCACAUGAGAUUUAAAGAUGAUAUCCCRCUGAUGAAGGUCUCUCUAAAGGUCCUGAAAUCUGCUUUGACUGUGCUUGACCAUAAAAAACAAGAAAACAAAGCAUUCAUCUUAAAGUACCUCAUUCCYAUUGUAUUAACACUUGCCAAGCAUCUUUAUGCCUGCAAAGUAUCAUGGGAAGGAAUGAGUCCACAGAUAACUAUUUCUUUGUCAUUUUCUGAAGUGSGUUACUUCAGGGGACAUGUAUUAGAAGUCCUUGGGGUAUCAUGUGAURUCAUUGUAAAGUGUUUUCAAGGCCACAUUGGGGAGAUUGCUGGCCCUCUUGAUUGGCUGCUCAAAAAGGUGAAAGAUCUUGACUGGCUUACCGCGUUACACUUCAAACAKCUUCAAGACAUCUUACCUGUAAAACGUCCUUGCUACCUACCKUCAUGUUUACUUGAGAUUUGUGAAGUGAAGGAGGAAUGCUGGAAAUUCUUCGAGAUGGAAAACUGUGAUUUUCUCCUCGUUUUAUUUCAAUGCUGUUCUGUAUCGGAUUCGAUACUUGAUGAAAUCGUGAACGCACUUAAGAAAGAAUCAAUGGGAAAAAUGACUAGAAGUUUUAACGAUGAACUAGCGAAAAACCUUUGCAAGGUAAUGCCAUACUUCUCAACGACCGAACUAUCUCGAGUUAUUGCCAUAUGCAAACAAUUGAUUACAAGAUGUGCCCAAGUCCAGAAGCGAGAAGUUGAGGGUCCCAUCGUUGUCAACGAAGCUAUUUAUGCUAAUAAGAGCCUGCGCACUACCUAUUUGUUGUCCAGCGUCCUUCACCAAGUCUUCAAGAUAGUUUCACAGCCCUUCUGUUCCUUUUGGGCCUCCCCAGCGAUACUGGGAAAUAUGAUCAAGCACUACGUGAACGCAAUCAAAGGACUGUACCAGGAACUGAUCACUGGUGACCUGUCAGACAAGGUCGCAGUAGAUGAUGUCAUCGCGUGCAUAUUCACCGACAUAUGUCACGUGAUAUGCUUGGUUCCUAGUGACGUCACAGAUCCUCUAUUCAUUUUAGUACUGGAYGUUGCUUCAAGUGUCAGUGAACGUCACGCUGAUGACUUGAAAAACUGCGUCACCAUGGUGCCCAAUAGUGUUUAUACCGAGUCAUUGAUUCAAAAACUCAGUGGUACGUGAUGAAGAUCAUGACGUCAUAAAGGUACGUAAUCACCUUUAGCACGUGACAGCUCACGUGUCUAGUGACGAGGCUUUACUAAUUUUAAUUUCCAUAUUUGGCUCUCGAUAACCUGUGGAAUCUAACGGGGACAUAAUGGAAGAGGUGUGACAGGGAUGCAGCAAUAUGGCGCGUUAAAGGGACACCGAGGAACACUAUUUAUGCGGUCCAUUUUUUAURGAUGUGUUUAAACAAAACAAUCGGAAAUACAAUGUUUGACGAAAGUAUUAAGUAUUGUAUAACAGAAACGUCUUUUUAUUUAUGAAUUAAUGAGGUCCAUAAACGAAUGUAUCGAUUCUUUAAUGGAGGACGAGAUGAAUGGAUAAAUGAAUGGGAUGGGAUGAAUAAAAGCAAUUAAUUUUCAA